AUGGUCCGGAGGUGGUACCAAAGCAAGCUGUCAAAACGGCCACUGCUUACACAAGCUGUCACCACGGCAGUGCUGUUUGGUGCCGGCGACACUCUGGCCCAGCAAGCCGUGGAAAGAAAGGGUUUUCGGAAUCACGAUGCCGCACGAACAGGCAGAAUGGUCUUAUAUGGCGGCUGUGAGGAUAUGAUGCGAGGAGCAGCCACCAUCAGAGUUGACAAAUAG